CCACUCCUCGUUGCGGGAGCAAACAGUGCGUUUCUAUCCACUGCACGGGACGGUCCGUCUUUCUCACUACUCUUUGAUAGGCGUCUUGUAAUUGUGCGGGACCAGACAGGUUGGCAGUCAUCGUAAUUAUUUGCGUGUUUUCACGUUCGCACGGCAGAAGUCGGGGUGGAAUUUUAAAAGAGUUUUCGUUUUCAAUUAACCGACGAGAGGAUGUUGUUGGAAUUUACUAUGACGAUGACUACCCUGCUGGGCAAGUAUUUCUUUCUUCGUGACAGCGCGAACAAUCCGGAAGGGGUAGUGCGUGACUCUCGGGGACUAUGGACUGAAUAUGACUUCAUUAUCAUCGGCGCUGGAUCAGCCGGUGCCGUAGUUGCAAAUCGUCUGACCGAAAUUGCCGAAUGGAACGUUUUGCUCCUGGAAGCCGGCGGGGAUGAGUCAUUUCUAGGGCAAGUUCCAGCCAUGGCUGCCGAUCUUCAACUUACCGAACGAGAUUGGCAAUAUCAAACGGAAACGAUGGACGGCCAAGCUUGUCUCGGUUUGGAAAACAAGAGAUGCCUUUGGCCAAGAGGGAAAAUGAUGGGUGGCACGUCGUCGCUCAAUUACAUGCUGUACGUACGCGGAAACAGACGAGAUUACGACCAUUGGGCAAGUCUGGGCAACGUAGGCUGGUCUUACGAUGAGGUCUUGCCCUAUUUCAUCAAAUCAGAAGACAAUCAAAAUCCUACCCUGGCCAAAACAAAAUAUCACGGCACUGGUGGCUACCUGACGGUCAGCGAGUCUCAAUAUCAUUCACCUUUAGGAGAUGCAUUUAUUCAAGGUGGACUUGAAAUGGGGUACAAAAAUCGAGAUGGAAAUGGCAAAUAUCAAACAGGUUUCAUGUUCGCCCAGGGGACUAUACGUAAAGGUCAUCGAUGUUCCACGUCGAAAGCGUUUAUAAGGCCCAUCCGCAAACGGAAGAAUCUUCACAUUUCCAUGAAUUCGCACGUCAUGAAGAUCCUGAUUAAUCCCGUGACCAAACACGCUUACGGUGUGCAAUUCAUUAAAAGAGGAAGGAUUUACCAGAUUCACGCGCGCAAGGAAGUGAUCCUCUCGGCGGGCGAUACGGCCAGUCCGCACCUUUUGAUGUUGAGCGGAAUCGGUCCGGCUGAUCACUUGCAGGAGAAAGGAAUCUAUCCGAUCCUGGCCAAUUUGCCUGUUGGUCAAAAUUUGCACGAUCACGUCGCCUUGGGUGAAAUCAUUUUCCUCAUUGACCAACCGUAUUCGUUGAAAGAGGAACGAGUGAGGAACAUACCUACGAUCCUCAACUACACCGCCUGGGGAGGAACACCCCUUUCCAUGUUGGGAGGUGUCGAAGGACUUGCGUGGCUCAAUACGAAAUACGCGGAUCCAACAGACGAUUGGCCUGAUGUCCAGUUUCACUUUAUCGGUUCCUGCGUGACGGCCGACAGAGGACGUUCCGUACGCUAUUCGCACGGAGUCUCGGACGCCGUUUGGGAGAAAUACUAUUCGCCCAUCAUGGAAAGGGAUUGUUGGAGUAUUAUGCCCGUCACGUUGCGUCCCAAAUCUCGAGGUUACAUCCGUCUCAAUUCGGCUGAUCCUUUCGAUAAACCCAUCAUCAAUCCAAACUACUAUGACGAUCCCUACGACGUGAAAGUGACCAUCGAAGGCAUUAAACUUGCUCUGCAGCUCAGUCAGACAUCCGCCUUUAGGAAGAUGAAUAGCAAAUUUUAUGCUAUGCCAUUCCCUGGUUGCGAAGGCUAUCGCAUGGGCACGGACGCAUAUUGGGAAUGCUGGGUUCGCAGUUAUAGCGUGACGUUGGCUCAUACGGCGGGGACUUGUCAAAUGGGACCAGAUUCUGAUCCGUUGGCAGUUGUCGAUCCUUUACUCAGAGUACGAGGUAUUAAAAAUUUGCGUGUAGCCGACUCGUCUAUUAUGCCGUUCGUGCCCAGCGGCAACACAAAUGCAGCAGCGAUAAUGAUCGGAGAAAAGGCAUCGGAUCUUAUCAAACAUACCUGGCUUGCUCAAUGACCAGAAGUUCCUGAACAUAGUUACUCGACACUAUAAGCCAUAAUCGAACUUUUUUUAUUUUUUUUUAUUCAACUGAUCGUUAUGAUGCUGUUCUGUUCUGUUGUGUGUGUGUACCAGUUACUGAUUAGUUACCUAAAUGUUGGGCGGAUCGCUGCAA